AAGGGUGGAGCUAUAAUCAGAAGAAAUGUUUGCCAGGAACCUGUCACUCUGUGGCUUUAUGAAUGGGAGGCCUCAUUGAACCCACAAUAUAAAAGGGGGACACAGUAGGUGAGGUCUACACAUCAGGGGCUUGCUCUCGCUCAACCAAACCACAUAGCAACUCGUAGGAGAAGACAGAGCUCCGCCAUGCCCAGCUCAGCACUGCUCUGUUGCCUGGUCUUCCUGGCCGGGGUGGGGGCCAGCCGAGACCAGCGCACCCCGUCUGAGAACAGCUGCACCCACUUCCCAGCCAGCCUGCCCAGCAUGCUUCACGAGCUCCGAGCUGCCUUUGACAAGGUGAAGGCUUUCUUUCAAAUGAAGGACCAGCUGGACAACAUAUUGCUGAACGGGUCCUUGCUGGAGGACUUUAAGGGUUACCUGGGUUGCCAAGCCUUGUCGGAGAUGAUCCAAUUUUACCUGGAGGAGGUGAUGCCCCAGGCUGAGAGCCAGGGCCCAGACAUCAAGAAACACGUGAACUCCCUUGGGGAAAAGCUGAAGACACUCAGGCUGAGGCUUCGGCGCUGCCAUCGCUUUCUACCCUGUGAGAAUAAGAGCAAAGCAGUGGAGCAGGUGAAGAGCGCUUUUAGUAAGCUCCAAGAGAAAGGGGUCUACAAAGCCAUGAGUGAGUUUGACAUCUUCAUCAACUACAUAGAAGCCUACAUGACAAUGAAGAUGAAAAAGUAAGACAUCCUAAGGAAGAAAACAUCCAGGACGGCGACUCUGCUAGACCCUAGGAUGUAAAUGGGAGAUCUCCAAAAUCUAACCCAGGGUUCCGAGAGAGCCACACCAGCUCCUCAGGAAACCUGUCGGACCUCUCUCCUAGAAUAUUUAUUACCUCUGAUACCUCAACUCCCACUUCUAUUUAUUUACUGAGCUUCUCUGUGAACUAUUUAGAAAGAAGCCCAAUAUUAUAAUUUUGUUCAAUAUUUAUUAUUUCCACCUGUGUUUAAGCUGUUUCCGUUGGGUAAUACCCUAUGGUAUUUAAGUGAUUUAAGAGAAAUUAUGUUAUAUAAGGAAAAAAAUGUUUCUUGGGAAGCCAACUGAAGCUUCCAUUCCAAGCCUGACUGCACUCGAUAUGAGCUCUUUUCCCUCACCUCCCUCUAAUUUAUUUUGUCCCUACGUCUGGGGCUCCCAGAAUGUUACAAAGACUCUUAACCUCUUAGGGAGAGAAACCAGGUAGCCCCUCAGUUAAUUAAUAUUCCAGUGGCUCAGAGGGAUUCUCCUGACCUUGUUUUCCAAUCACUUUUUUCUUGAAAGCUGUGGCUAACUUGUUAUUUAUAACAAUCUAAAAUUGGUUCUAAUAGAACUCAAUUUUAACUAGAAGCAAUUCAAUUCCUCUGGGAAUGUUACAUUGUUUGUCUGUCUUCAUAGCAGAUUUUAAUUUUGAAUAAAUAAAUGGGUCUUAUUAAAA